UUCUACGACUGUAAAUAGCGUUCAAAGUGCCGAAAUAGUGGAUUAACAAAUUAACUAGGUAAGAAACUAGUGAUUGAUUAUUAUAACUCGACUGCGAGUAUUUAUGAAUUUAUGAAGAAUUCGAAGAUGUGAAAAUCGUUGUGUUUAUAAACAUAAACAUAGAUAAUCAAAACAGAGUGUUUAUCAUAAUAUUGUAAUAUUUAAUAGAUGAAACUUCUUUCUUCUUUAACGUUUCGUUAAUGCAUAAAUGGCUGUGAUCUAGUUACAUUCGUAAAAAGAUCGAUAUUUCAGUGCGUAUAAACCUGUAAAAUAUAUGAUAUAUGUAUACAGAGGGGAUAUUGGUAUCUUAUGAAGACGAUAACGCAGAUUAUAUAGGGUGAGGCACUUACAAUACAUGAAUAUUCUAGUGGCGUGUCAUUGAUUUUCUCUGGUGCUUCACGAAUCUUCCAAUACAUAGAUGAAACUUGCAGUCUGUGUACGCCGUAUCGCCUGCAACCGUAUCUAUGCCGUGCAAACUGUGGUGUAUAUGUUAGGAUCCAGAAGAAACAUUGUGCGUAAAGUUCAAUACGUUAUCUUGUAUUUUCAACUGAAAUGAAAGUGGUAUUUCGUUGGACGAGACAAACAAAGAGUAAAAAAAAAAAAUUAUUUUUCAUUUCUUUUUUUUUUCAUUUAUGAAGUGACACAAUAGAAAUAAAAUUUCUGCAAGACUCCUAAUACUUUCAACAAUAGUGGAGAUUUAAUCGCCGAUCACGAAACUCCAAUUAAAUAAAUGUAUAAAUAGUGAAGAUGACGUAGAUGCAUAAAAAUGCUACGGUAGCAAUAUUUCAUUCUCAUUAAGGAUAGGUAUUUAGUACAGUGACAUUGUGUACAUAGAUAAGAAAGUCUUCGAAAUCGUUUGUACCCGGUUUCGUUCAGUCAAAAACCAUCCAGCCAACUGUCAUAUGCUGUACAAAAUUGUUUAAUCACAGCCAGAGGUGUUUUCAAUCAAUCUAGAAGAAACUGAAGACCUCCCAGCUAACUAUAUAAAAAUAUGACGGUAGCUAAGAGUAAUGGAACAACAACGAUGGAAGCAACGAAUAUUUUGAUCGAAGAUGAAAAGAAACAUCAACAAAACGUGUUAUUACCUUAUAAGGAAAGGCAAGAUGAAGACGACGAUGAUGAAAUCACGUUAGAAGAUUUGGCUCCAGAUGGUGGCUGGGGAUGGAUGGUUGCUAUCGCUAUGACAGUAGUAUUUAUUACAACAUUUGGACCAACGUCGUCAUUUGCAAUAGUAUUUGGGGACUUCCUUGAAGAAAAUGGCCAAGCUGGCACAGCGAUGACACUUUUCAAUUCCGUAUUCAUGACUACGUUCUCAAUUGCUGGUUUAAUGACUAACAAGUUAAUGAAGAAGUAUUCUAUGAGGCCAGUGGGAGUAGUUGGUGCAUUGUUAUUCUCAUUGCCAAAUGUCUGUCUAGCUUUCGUCACGAAUGUCUACGAAAUGGCAUUCAUAAAUUUCUUACAAGGAAUGGGUCUCGGUCUCAUCUUUACCAUCUGCAAUACAAAUUUCAACGCUUACUUUGUGAAGAAAAGGGCGCCAGUAAUGAGCGUGGCCCAAGUUGUCGUUGGCUUAGGUGGAAUUGCCUAUCCCAUAUGCGUUGAAAAGAUGAUGAGGAUGUACGGUUUUCGAGGAACAGCACUAAUGACGGGUGCCAUGAGUUUGAAUUGCAUCGUCGGUAUGACGAUGAUGCACCCUGUCGAGUGGCACGCGAGAAAACCGGAAGAGGUUCGGGCGGAGAGGCAACGCGAGAAAGAGGAACGGAAGUUACGCGGUAUAGUAUUCUCAGAUCGUCGUUACAGCGACGUCGUACGUACUCCGGCGAAAACCAGAUGGAGCAGCCUAACGAGUCUGAAGGACGAAAGCGGGAAACAGGUUCCGCUUUUGAUCGAAACGUUGAAAUCGCCGGCGAAAAGAGUAGCCUCGAUAUCCGAGCUGGAAGACAGAAUAUACAACCGAAUGAAAUCUGGUUCAAUGCGUGAAUUGUUAACAAGACGACUAUCAACGUUUUCAUCAUCAAGUCUGGUGAAUUUCAUGACUAGUAUCGGCAGUUUGGGGGACAGGCAGCAUCAUCCUGAGAAACUCAAAGAGAAAAAUAAAGAAGUAGGAGUUCAGGUUUCGUUGAAAGAAGAACAGGAUAUCGGUAAAAGUCAACUAGUAGAAAUAUUGGGGGAGCUUCUAGAAAUGUCACUUUUAAAGAAUUGUGGUUUCCUGAACAUUUGUCUCGGAAUCAGUUUCGUCUUGUCCAGCGAUUUCACGUUUUCCUAUCUCUUGCCAUUGAUGAUGGCCAACAAUGGUUACACGAAAAGUCAGGCAGCUCUAGCAAUCACCAUCUGUGCAGCCGCGGAAUUGGUUUCCAAGAUUUUGCUUGCGAUUUUCACUUUGAUGAUAAAAGUCAAAGCGAAGUACAUAUUCUUCGUCGCUAUGAUUUGCAUGGCAUUCGCGAAAAUUGGUUACUUACUGUAUAAUGAUACAUUGACCGGCAUGUUCGUUAUGAUAACAAUUAUAGGAAUGGUUAGAUCGUGGUUAUUGGUUCCUCAGCCACUGGUAAUUAUAGAAGAUGUCAGUAUUGAUAAAUUUGCGUCAGCGUACGGAAUUGCUGGCGCUAUUAACGGAGUGAUUUCCAUACUGUUUAGUCCGAUUGUUGGAUUCCUGAAGGAUUGGACCAAUAGUUUUGUAGUCUGCCAGCUUGCCCUUAUAUUAAUGAACAUCCUGUUCGUUAUCCCGUGGGCAGUACAGUUCCUUUCAGUAGAUUUACCAAAGAGGAGGAAGGAACGGGCGGAUAAAAUUGCUGCCCAAACUUCCGGUUCCUUUUCUGCAGAUUGACGCAAAAGGAGAGAGAGGCAGAAAGACCUUGUGCGUAUAACGCGCGUAUUUACUAUUCGAAAGUAGAAAAAUUCUUUUGUAUAAAACGAAAAAAAAAAAGAAAAAAAGUGAAAUUACAUACUUUUUUUAUAGCAAUUAAAACUACUUGUUUUUAUAAAUUCUUCAUCUUCGUUUGUGGAAUGAAAUGAAUUGAACAUUGCAAAUUGAAAGUUACUAUUAUAGCGUUGAUUAUAUAACGCAGUGCCAGAUACAAUGUACAAAUCUUUACAACGAUGUAGUCGUUUAUAUCUUUCGGAUAAGUUAAAUAUUUUAUGCAUUGCAACAUUGAAUUCUUGCAACAAUAUCUACGAAUUUAUUGAAAGAAAUGUUAAGUUUAGAUCAAUUUAAAUUUAAUUAUAAGCACAAUGUUGUAUCAAAUGUACAUAGAAAGAUGUCGUAAAUGAGAUUGGAAUAAAUGUUUUAUAUUCAA